AAACCCUGAACCCAUGUCUAAGAGAAAGGCAGACGAGAUGACGAAGCCAGAGCAAAACGCCUGUCUCAUCGUCAUUGAUGGCUGGGGUGUCCCCUCGGCCGACUCCCCCAAGAAUGGCGAUGCCAUUACCAACGCCAAGACCCCCGUCAUGGACGAGUUCGCAAAGUCGUCCACCGGCUACACCGAGCUCGAGGCUUCGUCGCUGGCCGUCGGUCUGCCCGAGGGCCUCAUGGGCAACUCUGAGGUCGGCCACUUGAACAUCGGCGCCGGCCGUGUGGUCUGGCAGGAUGUCGUGCGCAUCGACCAGUCGAUCAAGAAGGGAGAGUUUGCGAGCAACGAGGUCAUCAAGAAGACGCUGGAGGCAGCCAAGAAUGGCAACGGGAGACUCCACCUCUGUGGUCUGAUCUCCCAUGGUGGUGUGCAUUCCAAGCAGGAGCACCUGUAUGCCCUGCUCAAGGCCGCCAAGGCGGCCGAGAUUCCCAAGGUCUACAUCCACUUUUUCGGCGAUGGCCGUGAUACCGACCCCAAGUCUGGCGCCGGCUAUAUGCAGGAGCUUCUCGACACCAUCAAGGAGAUUGGCACCGGCGAGCUGGCGACCGUCGUGGGCCGCUACUACGCCAUGGAUCGUGACAAGAGGUGGGAGCGGGUCGAGCUCGCCAUGAAGGGUAUGAUCCUGGGCGAAGGCGAAGCCAGCAGCGACCCUGUGGCCACUGUCAAGGAGCGUUAUGAGAAGGGCGAGAACGACGAGUUCCUCAAGCCCAUCAUCGUGAACGGCGACGAGGCUCGCAUCAAGGAUGGCGACAAUGUCUACUUCUUCAACUACCGAUCCGACCGUGUCCGACAGAUCACCCAGCUUCUCGGAGACGUCGACCGUUCGCCGCGCCCUGACUUCGCCUACCCCAAGAUUAACCUCGUCACCAUGACGCAGUACAAGGUCGACUACCCGUUCGAGGUUGCCUUCAAGCCCCAGCACAUGGGCAACGUCCUGGCCGAGUGGCUGGGCAAGCAAGAUGUCGAGCAGGUGCACAUCGCCGAGACGGAGAAAUACGCCCACGUAACCUUCUUCUUCAACGGCGGCGUCGAGAAAGUCUUCCCCCUCGAGACCCGUGAUGAGUCGCAGGACCUCGUGCCCUCCAACAAGUCCGUCGCCACCUAUGACAAGGCGCCCGAGAUGUCGGCAGCCGGUGUUGCCGACCAGGUGGCCAAGCGCCUGGGCGAGCACAAGUUCCCCUUCGUCAUGAACAACUUUGCGCCUCCCGACAUGGUCGGCCACACUGGUGUGUACGAGGCCGCCCUGGUGGGAGUGGAGGCCACCGACAAGGCCAUCGGCAAGAUCUACGAGGCAUGCAAGAAGGAGGGCUACGUCCUGUUCAUCACAGCCGACCACGGCAAUGCCGAGGAGAUGAAGUUCCCUGACGGCAAGCCUAAGACGAGCCACACCACCAACAAGGUGCCUCUGAUCAUGGCCAACGCGCCCGAGGGCUGGAGUCUCAAGAAGGGCGACGAGGGUGUGCUGGGCGAUGUUGCGCCGACGGUGCUGGCAGCCAUGGGGCUGCCGCAGCCCGAGGAGAUGACGGGCAAGAGCUUGCUUGUCAAGUCAUAGACUUCCACGUCGCUCCUUGUGAUUGUGUGUGUUAUUGAUUGGGCACAAAAAAAGAGAGAGAGCAUUACCGUGAGAGGAGCGUUGGGGUUUGGGGAUUGAGCUGAUCAUGGAUACAACAUACAUGACACUAUAUACUAGACGAACUGGGAUAGAAAUCCUGCGAUGAGAUCCUGCAAUG